AUGAAUGCGAAUGAGACGCCCCUUGCCGAGACUACGACCACGAAACGUGCCGUUGAACAAUUUGACCGGGAAUUCCAGCGCUACACUACGAAGCAGACUGGUAAAAGUGCACGGGCUGUAGCCAUGGCUCGUGCAGAGCUGGCAAAAUACAAUGCACUUGUGUUUCAGGACAAGAAACUGGAAGAGGCUGGUUUGAAGAAGGGUCGGUUGACACCAGAGGUACGCGCGGUCUAUGAGAAGAAGAUUAAGGAAUUGGGGGAAGCUCUGGACAAAUUUCACCUCUCUGUGGCUGGCUACAAUCGAACCAAGGCCAUCUUGUCGUUCGUGUUGCUCGUGGUGUUUGCACUUAUAAUGUUCUUCCAGCCGUGGGCCAAGCAUUUUGAACACCCCGAGGAUCUCACAUAUGAUGAGUAUGCGACGCUCGAGGAGGAACCGAUGGAGACGGUGAAAGCUGCGGGCAUCAACGACGAACUGUAG